AUGAAGAUGAUUAUGGGGUUCGCUUCUCUUGUACUGGCUACUGCAGUGGCUACACUCACCGGCAUUCUAGUGAAGAAAAAGCGCCAUCACGACCUCAAGGCGUGUGGCUGUGCCGACGGCGAGUGCUGCAACUCGGUGCGUCCGUCAGAGCGGCGUUAUCAAUUGCCACAUGCUCAUGUGGAGCAUUGGGAUAAGCGUAGCGGCAAGUGUGACCCAAAAUGGGCCCAACUGGCACCGGGAGAUGCUGUAGAAGUAACAGGAGACAAGCCACGCAGCAGUUUCGGGACUCUAAUCCUAUUGCGUCAUGGCCAGAGCGUCUGGAAUCGCAACCCCGACCAUCCCUCGGACCUUUGGCGCUAUGCUGGUUCAAUUGAUAUCCCCUUAAGUGAAGUGGGCAUGCAAGAAGCUUUUGAAGCUGGAAAGCGACUUAAACACGUACCGAUCGACGUAGUAUUCUGCUCACAGAUGGAUCGUGCACGUACGACCAUGUCACUGGCUUUGAGUGUUCACCCUAGUAAAAAAACACCGGUCGUGGAACAUAGCUCACCGCUUGAUAAUCCAGCUUUUGAAGGAGUGAAUGACAAGAACCCUUACGAUUUUAUCAUUCCGGUUUACGUGUCACCUACGCUAAAUGAGAGAAAUUUCGGAGACUUGCAGGGAGUGCCUAGCACAAGGCACACCCGUAUGUUUGACAAAGAGCACGUGGUAAAAAUUCGAAAUGACUACUACACGCGGUUUCCAGGCGAAAAUGGUGAAAGUUGUGAAGACAUUCACAACCGGACAAUUCCAUUCUUCAACUCGUUCAUUUUACCGCAUCUUGCUGCGGGGCGCAAUGUGUUGGUUUCCUCACACGGUUUUGUCAUCCGGACGCUCAUUAAGUACCUUGAUGGAAUGGAUGCGGACGAGUUCAACGAGCAGAUGAAACUGGAGAAGACAGCACCCGAUAAAUGCUUGCUGCUCGCUCCUACUGGUGUCCCGCUGAUGUACAAGUACAACAAGGGAAAGUUUACGAAGAUCGCACAGUCGUGCCGCGACCGUGCCGAGAGUCUGAGCCGAAGCACCGCGCCGUAUUAG